AUGGAUAUUGACGGAGGAAAUAGUGACGGGGAGGAGAGAUCCAGUGAAGGAACCUCGGAGGGUACCGUAGAUAACCGUCCCUUCAUUCUUCCUGAGGAUUGGGCCGUCAACAAAUUUUUGCCUGGGAUGAGUGGUAAAGUUUUUAGGGAGUUACGGAUCCGUUAUCAGAUCCCAGACCACAUCCCCCUCCGUCUCCCUAGAGAGGGUGAGAGGUGUUACUCCGGGCGGACAGCGGACGUUGGCAUGUAUGACGCCAUGUUUGCUGCCGGCCUGAGGUUACCGUUGACGGCUCUUCACCGUCAACUAGCUGACUUCCUUGGAAUAUCCGUCACCCAGGUUGCCCCAAACGCCUGGAGGACUUUUAUAGGAGCUGAAAUCCUGUGGGGCAGCUUUAGUGGAGGGCACCGUCAGCUUACACUCGGAGAAUUUUUUUAUUGCUAUAGGCCUCAUCACAUUGCCUCGUCUAAGGGGACUUAUCAUUUUAAUGCCCGAGAGAAAGGGCUACGGUUAGUGUCAGAUAUGCCUGACUCAAAUAGGAACUGGAAGAGUAGGUAUUUUUUCGUUGAGGGGACGGACUGGGUGUGCCGUCAGGAGGAGUGGGCGACGAUGCCCAGUGGUUACUUUGACAAUACCUGGGCCUUUGUCAAGGAUUCAGCUUAUACCCGUCCGCAUAUAACUGACGAGCAGGAGGAGUUCAUCCAUCGGAUUCUAGAAAUUCCUUUGGAGGACCGUAAGUGCAGGGAUUUGAUUACCCUUGACACCCUCCAUCUAUACUGUGGGGGCCCAAAUCCGUCAGCGGAAGCUCGUAGGUUGGAGGAGUUUGCGCGACGGCGUAAGUAG